AGAAAACUGCGUACUGCGACCAAGAACUGCAAAACAAAACGCUCGUCCUCUGCUGUUGUCAUUCUUCCACUCAAAUAGACAAGAAUAAACCGAGGAUUGAGGCUUUUAUAAGCCUUGGAAUUCUCCUCAAGUUCUGAUUCAAUAGCUGGGAUGCAUAAUUUCCCUCUAAAUUUUAGCUUGUUUAAUGGCAGGUAUUGGAAAUUUCACAGUAAAAAGGAAGAGAUAUUUAUUAGACAUAGAAGUACAUUAAGCAACCGGCGAAGAUUAUUUACGCGGUCGUAAGAAUCUGCUUAUUUUAUUUACACUCGAAGAGGUGAAGUGAGCCGUUUGUAUUCGAAAUUUAGAUAUUUUUAAAGGUGCUUCAGUUGGCAUAUCGAGGUUGGAGGUUCUUCUGGUUUAACCCAGUAUUGGUUAGUUGUUAUUUAUUGAUCAUUUUCAGUUUGUGCUGUAAACUUUCUGAACGAACGCGCUAAAUAAACAUUGGUUUUGGUUUGGUGUAACGGCAGAAUAGCUGGUCGAUGAUUGUUUAUCAAAGAAACUGACAUCUAGCGGCAGAAGGAGUCAUUGCAGUUUUAGCAGUAUUAAGAAUUAUUUGAAUAAACAAUGAAGCUCCUGGAAAGCUCAAGUUUUGAGGCCAUUAACAGUCUGCUCACAAUUGAAACUGGAGACUGUAAGAUAAUUGGGCGCAUUGAGAGCUACUCCUGUAAGAUGGCAGGUGAUGACAAGCAGAUGUUCAAGCAGUUUUGUCAGGAGGGGCAACCGCAUGUGUUGGAGGCUUUGUCUCCUCCACAGAGCUCUGGAAUCAGCCCUAACAAACUGAGUCAUAGUUUGGAUGAUGGGGAAGGUCCUCUCUCAGACAAGUGCAGCAGAAAGACGCUCUUUUACCUGAUCGCAACGCUUAAUGAAUCCUUCCGGCCGGACUACGACUUCAGUCGCACCAAAGGCCAUGAUUUCAGCAAAGAGCCCAGUGUUAAUUGGGUGUUUAAUGCAGUGAACAGCAGUUUGUCUGCAGCUGCAGGUGAAGCGUAUAGUCAUCUACAGCCUCAGUUAUGGGAAGCCCUGGACAAGGAGAUCAGCCUUGCUGAAUGUGACAUAUACAGUUACAAUCCAGACCUGGAUUCAGACCCAUAUGGGGAAGAAGGCAACCUGUGGUCCUUCAACUACUUCUUUUAUAACAAAAGACUGAAGAGGAUCGUGUUCUUCACGUGCCGAUCUGUCAGUCUCUUCAUGGCUCCACGUGACUCUGGUAUCGGCACUGAGCUGGAUCUGGAGUUGGAUGAGGGCAGCUAUGAAGAAGAGGAGGAGGGAAACAUGGAUGAAGAGAGGUACGGUGCUCUGUGUGCCUGAUGAAGCCCUCAUCUCUCACUGUCCUCUGAAGCCAGCAAACUCUUACCUGAGUUUUAAUGCCUGUCCUCCUACUCUGUUUCUUAUGCGAUCCUUUUUUUAAAACCUGACAAAUGUUGUAUUCAAGAGAUUUUCAAGUGCAUUCCAACAAACUUUCCUUUACUUACAUCCAAUACGUUUUUCCUUUGACAUUUGCCUGAAGCUUGAUAUGUUGUGAUGCUUUACUGUGUUUUUUUAUUUUAUUUUUAUUCUUUUUUCAGUUGUCUUUGAGUGUAUGUAUGCAGUUUAGGUUUUAUUUCAAAGCUUUUUUGAACCAUUUAUUUAUUCAUGCUCAUAUUUUUACUGGUUUUAUGGCCUCAUAAAGAUAACAACAGUAUUUCCACUAGGUGGCGUCUUUUAACAUUUAGUUUUCUCGCAUUGCUGUUUACUCUACACCAGGGGUGGGCAAACUUGAUCCUGGAGGGCCAGUGUCCUGCUUAGUUUAGCUGCAACACUAAUUAAACACACCUGCACAUGCUAAUUUGUGUCUUCAAGAUCACUAGAAAUCUAUAAACAGGUGUGUGUGAUUAGAGUUGGCGCUAAACUGUGCAGGACACCGGCCCUCCAGGACUGAGUUUGCCCACUCCUGCUCUACACUGAUCUGUUUUUUAAACAUCGUUAUAGCAUUUUGAGAAUUUCAUUAAAUUAUAUGACGUCACAUUCACACAUUUUAUUUGCAUAUUCAUGUUUUUAAACCUACACCUUUCUACCUUUAUUAAAAUGAUAGUUCACUGUGGAGCCAGAUUAGUCUCAAAAAUAAUACAUUUAUAAAAUAUAAUUCAUAUAUCCACAACAUGAUUCACAUUUACAAAAUACAACUCCUAAGUUCAAAACACGAUUCAUGAAUACACAAAUCUAAUUCGUAAAUUCAAAACACCAUUUCUAAAUACACAAAUCAAAUUCAUAAAUUCAAAACAUAAUUUAACAGUACACAAAUCCAAUUCGUAAGUUCAAAACACCAUUUAUAAAUACACACAUCAAAUUCAUAACUUCAAAACACAAUUUAACAGUACACAAAUCCAAUCCGCAAAUUCAAAACAUGAUUCAUGAAUACACACAUCAAAUUCAUAACUUCAAAACACAAUUUAACAGUACACAAAUCCAGUUCGCAAAUUCAAAACACGAUUCAUAAAUGCCCAAAUCCAAUUCAUCUGGCAAAAAUAUUUAUGAUUUCGCAAACUGAAUUCACGAAUUGUUUGAUGUACUUAUGAACUGUUUUGAAUGUACAAAUUGGAUUUUGUAAAUGUAAAUUGUGCUGUGCAUGUAUGAAUUUUAUUUUGUGAAUGUAUUAUUUUUGAGACUGAUCUGGGUCCAUAGUUCACACACAAAUAUAAUAAUUUUCUUACUCUUAAGAGUUCCAAAUAUUCAUGUUUGUUUGAUUUCCUGUUGAAUACAAAAGAGAGUAUUUUUAGAGUUGGAAACCGGUAGCUAUACAAUGUAAAUAAUACAAUGGAAGUCAAUAGGUACCAGUUUUCCAGUAACAUUCUUCAAAAUAUCCUCUUUUGUGUUUAACGAGAAACAAACUAAAACUGGAUUGGAACAAGUAGACUAAAGAAUGACAGAAUUGUCGUUUAUGGGUGAGCUUUCCCAUUAAUGACAAAGUUAAUAGAUCAGUGUAUGUUUGAUUUUAGGCCUUAACACAUUUUCCUGCACCUUUCUUGCCUCAGGAAAAAAGAACUAUAUAAACAAAUCACAUCAGCAUAAACAUGAAGUAGUGGAUUUAUUGAGUCAUUGACUUAUGGAUCAAUUUCUCUUUAAGCUUCACCCGCAAAGCUAAUAAGAGUGUUCAAGGAAAACCUUGAUGGGUCUGUGUAGAUCAGUUUCCCUAAAGCUUUGUGUGGUCUAUAACCUGAAUUCUGCUUUUUUGAUAUGUUUGUGGUGAAUUAAUUGGCAAAUUUGACUCUUCAUAUUCUUUGCUGAUGUGUUUAUAGUCUAACGUGGUGACCGUGGAAAGAGAUUAGAUGUCUAUGAACUUUAAGAAUGAGUGUCGGUGACAGUUACUGAACUUUAUGACAUCCUGUUUGACAUUGUAUAGAUUGAUAUCGAAGAUGUUUGUCUGAGCUGUUGCUUAGUCAAUCUAUUGUGGCUUGAUUCACAUUUGCUCAAGACGGGCACUAGUUUUGUAUGGUCCGCUGUUAUGUAUUGGGGCAUUCUUGAAGAUUUCGCCGCAGUUGUUCUGAAGUCAAGUUUUAGGUUUGACUGUUGACUCAUCUAUGUUAAGAAUUUCAAUCUAUUCCAGAGUUGUGCCAGUAUAAGAACAAGAUCUAGGCUUGUUUUAAGAUCUAAGAGUGAGUUGGUGGGAUUAUUUAUGUUGGUAAUUGCAUAAGUUCAUCAAAAAAUGCAAGGACGAGCCCUAUUGGAUGCAGAUUUCUGUGUUAUUGAAACGUUGACAUUUUCUUCUUGGCAGCUUAACAUGUUUUUAUGACUUUGCUUUCGAAGAGCCUUUUCAUUAUUUCCAAAAUGCUGUGUCAAAUAAAUAUCUACUGAUCUAGUGUG